AUGGACCGAAAUGGACCUUUGGCUUUGCCCAAUCAGACCUUGCAGCUCAGUAUUUUGUACCCCAGCUCCUCUAUCAUGCAGGUUCGAGCUCUACUCCAGACCUCGCUGGUUCUCUGGUUGGCUCAGCUUACUCUGCAAGGCGGUGUUGGCAUCGGAGUUAAACCCGGGGGAGGUUACAGAGGUAGAGCAGGCCCAAAGCAAGGUGGACAUGGAACCCAGGGAGCCUAUGGGGCCAGUCUGGGCACAGGAAUGGCUUUGGGGGCUGGACUUCUAAAUGGGCUGGGACUGGGUUUGGGCCAGGGAGGGAAACGUGUUUAUGGCGCUGGCCUUGGCUCUCUGCCAGGAUAUGGGCCUGUAGCUGGCAUUGGCUAUCCUGGAGCGCAGCCAGGUUAUAUGGGUGGCGCAGGAAACUAUCUGGGAGCAAGCCUGGGUGCAGGGGGCUAUGGACCAGAUUCCCAUGGCCUGCCUACAGGGUUGGGACAGGGAGCAUACCUGGGUGGUGCAGCUGGCAAACUUGCAGCUGCUGCUGCUGGACAGGGUGGGUAUCCCCACGGAGUUGCCGGCAGGUCAACUGGCUAUGGUGAGGGAGCAACAGGAUACCUGGGUGCUGUGGCAGGCAAUGGCUUCGGUGGAGAUGCUGGUGCAAAAGCUUUGUCUACAGGUUAUGGGAAUGGUUACAGCGAUGGUUACGGGGCUGGGCUUGGUUACCCUGCAGAGUUAGCUGAUGGUGCUGAGAACAAAGCAGGGAAGAGUGAAGCCCUCAGUACAGGAGGCUAUGCCGGACAGGGCCAGGGGGCGUAUGGAGCACUUGGUGCAGGACUGGAAUCAACUGGUGGCAAAUAUGGAGGAGGAGCUGCUCAGGUUCCUUAUGGUAAUGCACCAGUGAUUCCUGCUGGACUGGAUGGUGAUGGUGCCUACCCAUAUGCUGCUCAGCAGCUUGGCCUCGGGGCUGAAGGUGCCAAAACCGCCAACAAAUAUGGAGCCGGAGCAGGAUAUGGAGCUCAGCAAGCAGGUUACGGCGCACAGCUAGGAGCAACUCAAGAUGCCUUGGGAGAGCAACCUGGCAAAUAUGGCGGAGUCAAUGCUGCCCUUGGAAAUGGAUACAAAGGUCCAAAACCUGCACCAGUCUUAUUCUGUCAACACUGAAAACACUGGUGGAGACUAAUUCACAUAAAUAGAUGUUAAGUGCAAAAAAAUU